AUAGUGUGUGUGUGCAUGUGUGUUGUUUGGUCUGCGUGUAACCAGUGCAGGUGUUAGUAGGAGGCCUGAUAGUGUCGUCUCUUACAGGGCUUCGUCGCUCGUCGUCAUGUCCUAGAAUAAAUAACCUUUUGUGAACAACAGAACAUGAAUGGAGACAAUAUCUAUCUAUCUAUCUACCUAUAUAUAAUUACAGAAUUAGUGACAAGAUUAACAGUGGAUUGAUUUACACAGACAAGGUGAAAUAUGGUGAAAGUCUCACAGAUUUCUGAUUCUGCGUUUUGGUGACACAAGCGAGAAAUGGAACUGAAAGUAAUUGUCGACGGCUUCAUCCGGGUGGUCUGUGGGGUGAGCGAGGAAACGACCUGCCAGGAUAUCGUCAUUGCCCUUGCACGUGCCAUCGGCCGGGCGGGUCGCUUCUCUCUGUUGGAGAAAUGGCGCAAUCAGGAACGUUCGUUACCACCUUGGGAGAAACCUUUUCUAGUUCUGCAGAAAUGGGGCCAGUAUGCAUCAGACGUGCAGUUUAUCUUGCAGCAAACGGAUACUGUACCUGCAACUACAAAACCUAAGGAAUGUCUCGAUAAAUCUGGUGCUUCGUCCAAUGAUGCCAUGAGGGCACAGAAUCUGUCCCCAAUAUCAUCUCAAGCUCAAGAUUACAGUGUGAAGAGGUCCUUAACUUUCAGUGGAGCUAUGUACAGUUCCCAAGAGAAACCAAAACCCUCUCGCUUACAUACACGGCGCAGCCUUCCUCUCAGUACCACAAAUGAGUCCUCCAUACCAUCUUCACAAAAUUCUUCCCAAUCACAUCAUCAUCAUCAUCAUCCUUAUAAUAACCAAGUCCCAAAGCAGCCACAAUAUCACGUUAAUUCUUCAUCACCAUAUCAGCAGAAUCGACCGGAACCAUCACAUUCAAAUCAACUCUAUACACAACACCAAUACCAACAAUCACAACAACAACAAAAAUUAUUUCAAAACCAACAUCCAAAUAUACAAAAACCCAUAUCUUCCAUUAAACCUCAACCAAAACCUCGAAAUCUUCCACUAAAACCUAUUAAUGAGAAACAACCAGUUCGGACUAUUGGUACUGUGUCUCCGAUACAGAGUUACAGUCAUUUGUCUCUAUCUACAAAUCAGGACUUACCAAACAGAAUAUUGCACAAUAAUGUUCCAGGACCGAAUUCCCAAAACAGAACUGGCAAUGCCGGGGAUUCGUCUAUGAACAACAAUUAUUACAGCAGAAAUACCAAACCUAUUAAUAAUAAUAAUAAUAGUAAUAAUAAUAAUAAUAAUGACAGUAAUAAUAAUAGUAAUUCUCACAGACAUCUACAGACGUUUAAAAGUGUUCAUAACGAUGUUGACAAAGUCUUGUCUGAGAAAUCGACUUUUAACGAGUUUAAGGAUAAUUCAGACAUUGACGAGGAUAAGAGCAAAGUGUUAAGUACCUUCCAUUCUGGCCCCAACAAAACUAUUUUGCAUGAUAAAAGGAUUCUAUCGGACAUCGAAGAAUAUGAUCUUGAGAAAAAUUACCCCUUUUCAGCCGUGUCUCCAAUGCCGAGCAAAACAGCCGAGUAUUACAGGAUCCAGGGACAAAACUAUGUUGACCAACUGACCAGAGACCAGGACCCUCAGAUUUUGUACCAAUUGAUUGAUCAACAGCAUAAUGAAAUUGAACUGAAAAAGACCAUAAUUAAGGAUUUAGAACAAGAAAUCGUCUCAGCUGAAGAAUUACUUGAAAACAAGAAAGAAAUUGCAGCUUUUGAAAGUUUGUCCAACAGUUACUCCGAGGAAUUGAGCGAGAUUGAGAGUGAGGACUGGCAAGGUGUUGUGGACAAGGAAUUCCGCAAUGGGGAAGCUUUGAAGUCGGAAUUAUCCAAUCACAGACAGGAACUUCAUAAUAUGGAGGAUCAGUUGCAAAUGGUUAACGGCAAAAUCGCUGACCUGAACAAGCAGCUGGAAUCCGAGGUGAACAAGUGUCAUGAGGAGAUUAAUACGAUACAGAAGAAGAUUGAAGAGGAGACGGCUGAAGAUGGGAAACGGGGGAGAAUGGUGAAUGAGUUGAGUGAGCAGGUGGACCAAGUGGAGAAGGAAUUCAAAGAGAAAGAAGAUAAGGAAACUGAACUGAUGGAGAGAGUGAAGGACUUGAACUUGAAGGAUCUGGAGAAGAGUUCGGUUGUCGGCACAACCAAAACAGCAGAGACUGGAACAGGUGAGGGUUUUGUUUUAAAGUUGUUGGAGAAGAAACAACAAUUUGCUCGUCAAAGCACGUCUGGGUCAAAAGAUGUUGCUGGAUGUAGGGCUUCACCUGAGAACCUGGUUCAAACCGAAGACACCAGUGUAUUGUCUGCUGAAGGUGUCUGGGUUUAAAAGGUCAACUGGAUUCAUCUAUGUGGUUUUUUUGUUUUUGUUCCUUUUUUGUUUGUCUGUUCGUGUUGGGAACGUCUGCAAUAGACUGGCAUGUUAUCAAAAGGGAGAUAAAUCUGGUCUCCUUAAUCUUAUUCAAUCUAGAUCUACAUAUCAAAGACCUUGGACUUUGUCUUGUUGAGGCAUUUGUCAUAGUGUAAAUAUUAACCGAGUACAACUAUCACCAUACAAAUAUUAACAUAAUAUAAUAUAUACAUAUAAACAGAAAUGGACGGUAAAUUAAUACCAAUAACAGCUUUUAUAUCAUUGAAAAAAAAAAAGAAAAUUAUUUUGACAGUUCAUAAAUCAUACAUUUUCACCCCCAUUCUCUACUACAGCUAUUUGGAAAGAUAAAUAGUGAAAUAUACCUGAGCAGGUAUGCUAAGGUGUUAACAUUAUCUCGCUGUCUCAGCAGAGGAUUCAACUUGUAACUUGAAAAUAAUGAAUCUUCCAUACAAUAGAAUAUAGAGCUACAGUUAUCAGACCGCUGCACAUACACGUACUGUCUACACUUUGAGCACUGCUCCAAAUGUUAUUUCACAUACCCCAUAUACGCAGCAUAUGGAGGACAGUGCACUGCUUUACAUAUAUACCCUACACUCUGAGUAGUGAUUAGAGGGUAUUGCUCCAAUAAUUAUAUACUUAUAGUACAUUCACCACAUACGCACACACUUUUUGGACUUUACAAAGAUCAAAGAACAGGCCAUCAAACUUCCAUACUCUGCAAUCGGCACUGGUCCACUUCCAGUCUGUAUGUCCUCCUGUCUCUUCAACCAUCGCUACUACAAUACGCUAUGCUCCACUGAACAUUGCCAAUUCUAUACCCUCUACGUAUAGAAUUUCAUUUUGUCUUCCCAUUCACCUUACCAGAAAGCAUUCUAAAUGCUCACCCAGUUUUUUUCCACUUCCAGAACUGCAUUGUCCCCCCGCCCCUUGGAAUCUGCCAUAUCCAUAUCUUCCCUUCGCACAAUAACCUGCAACAAUUCUAGCCAAUCAUCACUAGCUUCCAUUAAGGAGAGGAACCAAAACGGGGACUUCACAGUUUAACGGUCUCAUCUCUUUUUCACACCAAUAAAAGUAAUUAAGGAGAAGAACUAAAAAGGAGGUAUAUAGAGUUUGACACUCCCCCUCUUUUUCAGGCUGAUAAAACAGUUGAGGGGGCCAAAAAGGGAGCUAGAGAGUUUGAUCCACUCCUCCCUUCUUUUACAGACUCAUAAAAACUGUUAAGGAGAGAGGCCAAAAGGAGCAUUGUGGAGUGUGACCCCUCUCCUCUCUUCUUCAGACUGA